GCGCGGAGCCGGAAGAGGAUGGCGGCGGGUCGGCGCCUGGCCUGCGGCGCGCGGACGCGGCUCCCGCUCCGGCUGCUGCCGCUGCUGCUGGCGGGGGCCGCGCUGGGGCCGGCCGGCGGGGCGGCGCCGGAGCCGGGCCGCUGGAGCCGCACGGCCCGCGGCAACCAGACAGAGAAGCUGUUUGUCUUCUCCAAGACGAUGUUUAAAGGGACUUUGAUUAUCCUCAAAUUUCCCUAUGAAACCUGCAAUAAUUGGGAGGGGUUCCUGAACGUGACCUGGUACCUCCGCAGCUCUCGCUGUCACCAUGAGAUUUACAUAAAUGAGCACGAAGCUUCUGCCUACCUGAGUGAUCCUGCAUUAGAGGCCAGCGUACUCGGAGAGGGCCAGUAUAUUUGGAACUCCACUUCGGUGCAAUGUGGCCAGUUCCAAAAGGUGAGUAUCCUGGAACUGCCAGAGCCGAAAAAGCUGCAGCACCCGUCAGAUCAAAGGGUAACCGACUGGGGCAGCUUGAGAUUCUGGGAGGGGGGUGAAACUGAUAGGAGGGGGCGGAGCCACGGGUCAGGUGUGAGAAAGAGGGAAGACCCCAGAGCCACAGAAGCCAAGGGAGACGGGAAGGAGGAGGGGACCAGCCACCUGAACGUAGAGGCCCCAAAGCCCGGCGAGGCCCAGCGUGUGAAGCCCCCUCCCUUGGCCAGUGGAAAAGCGACUGAGCAGCCCAAGAAGAAAGUCAGCGUGGCAAGUAGAAAGUUGGAGCCUGUAACAAUUGCUGAAACUUGGAACGACGGCCCGUACGUCUUCAUCCUCAGCGUCAAGAACCCAUCACCAAAGUGGGAGCUCUCAAUUGACAUUCAGAUGAAGCAUCCAGAGUACAAAUACAUCUCUGCCUCGGAGUGGCCUCUCAAGGUGUUCUACAUGGUGAUGUGCAUCGUCUACGUGCUAUACGGGGUCCUGUGGCUGAGCCUCCUGGCCUGCUACUGGCGAGACAUCCUGCGCAUCCAGUUCUGGAUUGGAGGCGUCAUCCUGCUGGGCAUGCUGGAGAAGGCUGUCUUCUACGCCGAGUUCCAGAGCAUCCAGAACGAGGGCAAGUCAGUUCAAGGGGCCGUGAUCUUCGGAGAAAUCCUGUGUGCGGUGAAGCGGAUGCUGGCCAGGGUCCUUGUCAUUAUUGCCAGCCUGGGAUAUGGCAUUGUCAAGCCACGGCUGGGGGCCCUUCUGAACCGCGUGGUUGGCGUGGGAGUGAUGUACCUGGCCUUCUCCAUCGUUGAAGGCGUGCUGCGGGUGAAAUCGGAACAAGCUAACGCAGUCACCCUGGCCUGCGAAAUUUUUCUUGCUUUUGUGGAUUCCUGUAUCGUCUGGUGGAUCCUCAUCAGCCUGGUGCAGACCAUGAAGCUCCUGAAGCUGCGGAGAAACCUGGUGAAGCUCGCGCUCUACCGCCAUUUCAUCAACACCCUCAUCUUCGCCGUCAUGGCGUCCCUUAUCUUUAUCGUCUGGACCACAAAGACUUUCCAUCUCGCCACAUGCCAAUCCGACUGGCGGGAACUCUGGAUCGAUGAUGCCUUCUGGAGGUUCCUCUUUUCCAUCAUCCUGCUGGUGAUCAUGUUCCUCUGGAGACCUUCAGCCAAUAAUCAGAGAUACGCCUUCAUCCCUUUGGUGGACGAGGGCAGUGAGCAGGAGGACGAGGAAGAGGAGCAGGUGGUCAACGAAGUCUUCGGGAUGAAGAUGAGGGGCGGAAAACCGGAAGUCAAUGGAAUUCUGAAAGGCAACCGAGUGUUGCAGGAUGAAGACUUGAAAUGGGUUGAAGAAAACAUUCCCUCUUCCAUGGCUGAUGUCAUGUUGCCCCCUCUGCUGGACUCGGAUGAGGAAAUAGUGACCACAAAGUUUGAAAUGUCCAAGAUGGAAUAAAGUUUGAGUCCUGGCAAGUUGCUUCAGCCGCACUCACUUUCUGACGGGUUUUAUACCAAGGAUGAAUUGGAGAGGCCCACUUUUUCCUUUCUUUUUCCAACUGGUGGUUUUUAUUUUUGCUUUUUUUUAUUUAUAUAUAGUUUUUAUCCAUAUAUAUAUGGAUAAAAAAUAUAUAUGGAUAUAUACAUGAGCUUGCAUGAACACAAAGAUACACACGUGUGCGUGCACACGCGCACACACACACACACACAUAUAUUUGUAAAUGGUUAAAAUAAUUAUUUUAUUACUUUUUGUGUUUCUAAUUCUGGAGCUUUUGCCAGACAAGGACUCCUGACCUGCCUCCUGCUGGAGAGGAGGAUCGAUGAGAGCGGGACUUCCCUCCCAGCCCAGUUUUUGGAACAAGUUUUUUUCUGCAAUUUGGUCAACAUCGUGGCAGCCUCUGGAGCUGCCCACAGUCGGGUUUCUCGCCCUGACCAUUGGGGGCGGCCUGGGCUCCAUGCGAUGGGUAGGGUAGGGUUGGGUUGGGUUGGGUCCGAGUGUGAAUCCAGAGCCAACGGGAGCCUCAUCUGCUGCCUCGUUGCGAUUCCGGCUGCCCCCAGCAGCCUCGGAUGCUGACUGGGGACUACACGGCAGUCUCUGUCCGUGCUCGCCUGUGUGAUGGCGCGAGGGAGGGAAGCGCAGCCUCGAGAUUUUGCCCCGGGAGAGGCAGAAAAGACGCCUGUGGUCCAUUCUGGGUGUGCCCCCUUUUGCCAAGGAGAAAUGGGCAGAGGGCUGCCCAGCUCUGAAUGGGCCUGCUUGUUGCAGAUGAUGUAGGAAGAGAGGCGCAUGUUGGUGAGACCAAAGCCCCUGGAUUGUGCAGAUCUGAGGGUGAGUGUGGGCAAGCGUGGCAUCUGCCUCUGGAUUCUGCAGCUCUUCUUUUCACUGAGCCCCAGAAACUUUCUUGAAAGGGGGUGAAAAGCAACCGGCUUCUUUGGGGUUCAGCGUGAGAGCAGCUGCUGAGGUGCGACUGUAUUAGGAGUUCCUGCGUGGGAGUCGGCGGUUGGUGGCUCCUGUGGCGUGGCUGUCGGCUCUCGGCAUUACGUGGCUGGUGCAUCGCUGCCACCUUUAUUAACUGACAUGGCACAGCAGGACCUUCCACUUCAUCCUUCCUUGUUUUGGGGGGGUAAUGCUUGAUGAAAACAAUCUGUUUUUCCUUUCGUAUCUCAUCCAAAGCAUCUUCCAUUCUAAUUUGACCGUCCCCCGGCCCUUGUCCUUUGCUGUUUCUCCAACAGGUUUGGGGUAGGAGGAGAGAAAGUAGAUUAUGUCCCGCCCUGUUCACGCUUCAAAAAUGCUUUCCAAUCCCACGCACCCCCCGCCCUUCCCAAUUUCUGAGUUUAUCUGGAGCUGAACUUCAGUGAUCCAAUUGGAAAGCAUCUUCUACCGAUGACAUCUUUUCAUUUAAGACCCAUCUGGAUGGCUGUGGGGGGUGGCUGGUGAAGGAGAGGAAGAUGUCUCAAGCGACUAUUAAUUUAUUUUGAAAUUGUUCAUAUGUCUUUGGAGAGGGAAAGCCAUGAGUGUUCAAUGCAGUAUAAUAUUUUUAAAAUAAACCACUGUCCCACUAA